AUGGCUGCCCCGACGCGAGAGCGACGCGAAUGCCGAGAGCCGCACACAUUCUUUGAUAGCAGCUACCUGGAGGCGUGCACGACACCACGGCUAAACAACCUCACGCAGCAUGGCCGCCACGAUAGAAAUCCUGAUACCACUGCCGCGUCUUCUGCAGUCUUUAAUCGCUUCAGUAGUGUGAGCCCACAUCAGGCUGGCAUCUCGUACGAGAGCACCAGCACUGCUGGCGCUGGUUACUUUCCCCCACCGCCACCGCCACCGCCACCGCCACCGUUCUUUGUUAGCGGCGCCUCAUUGAAUCCCUCUUUUGCUGACUGGCCGGCACCACCCAUUCCACCGGCAACGUGGGCGGUGCCGCAGGACGUGCCGUGGAUUCCACCACCACCCAUACCGCCCAACGGCACCAACGCAGCAUGCGGGAUCAACGACAGCAACAGUAAUUGUGCUACGGCAAGAUGGCCCACGCCGCAGGACAUUCCGCUGCCUUCGAUGUUUCCAUUCCCUCCUUAUCUGCUGCCGCCGUUCCCGCCGCUGCCCCCUAAUGCGGACAUGAGUCAAAUGCCACCCCCACCCCCACCGUCGUGGUUUGUGCUGCCCCCAAAGCAGCCGCAACAGCAGCGGGUGAACGAGGACGUAGAGGACUACGGUCCGUCAAGCACCGGGGACGGUAGCGUGGAGGACGCUGGCCCGCAACGGAGACCAGGGCAGGCACGAUGCAGCACAGGCCGCACACGGGCGCCCUCUAUAUCCACACAGGAGGAGGAACACGUGCGGCAUAUUGCUCAUGAGGCCAGACGGGAACUACAUCGUAGACUCUCUCGCAGCCCGAGUAGGGACUCCCAUCAGAACUUUGGAGGUACAUGGCAGCGGAAACCUCGGAAUCCGACACCACGCAACGGACGUGCUGCACCGUCGCCAGCAAGACGGUUCAGCUCGCCCUCCACCACUCGACGCACCACUGGGACUCCACGCGGCGCUACUAGUACUGCUGGUAUAUUGCCGAACCAUCGGCGGAGGGAUUACUACACAGAAGCCCGUGCAGUGAAGGGAGUGUCGCCGUGCUUGGAAGAAGUGAUGAGCAAGCGAGCGUACUCUCCGAAGGUGCGGGUGAAAAGUGCUUCUCGGGACGAGAAGAGUUACAGCCAAGCCCGUACGGGUGCGGGUAAAAGGCGUAACAGCACACAGCUGUCAUAUACAAGUGGCGUUGGGGACAUUCACCAUGCUCUGAAUCGAGAGGCAGCAAAGAAGGACGAGAAGGUGGCGGAAUAUUUAAAGGGCAUUGAGGAUCUUUAUCAGCGCCUACGCAAUAGCUACGAGGAAUUUCAGCGGGACCCGUCGAGUUUUGUAAAGAACGCUUCCGCGCUGAAAGAGGCAGCAGUUUCCAAGGCCCCACCGUUGCGUAGUAUUCUUGAUGAUACAGGAAUACCAAUAAGAAAACAUGGCAACGAUGCAGAUGAAAGGACAGUCACAAAGGAGCUUCUUCUUCCAUCAGAAGAAUCCCAGAGGAUACGGGAGGAACUACUCAGGUUGGAGAUGCAGUGGCAGCGACUGGAGGAGUUGAAGCAGGGCUCAACAGGGGAAAGGGGUGCCGCUCCGGUAGAAUAUAUGCCAGAGAGCGUAGCGGUUCCACCAUUACCACAGAGACAUGGUGAUGGGAUGACUGAGCCUAGUGGUGGUGGCUUCGCGAGUGAGCGAGCGGCGGAUAUGAGUACAUCACGACAAGAGACCGGCCUGCAAAGAACCCCUACUGUGGCCAGAUCAACAAAUGGUAAAACGGUAACAAUGGACUCAUUGUCGCGUAGCAUGACGCCGCCCUCGGCUAGUGGCCAAUCCAAAAGCCGAAAUCUUGAUGGAAGUCAGAUGAAUAACCAUAGUCGAGGCGGCAACAGCACGGGUGCCCGUGGGCCAUUCACCCGCGAGCAUGUUCUAGGGCUGGUACGAGAGCGCAAGGCUUUGCUGGAAUAG